GUGUAUUGAUGCCUCCUUGUCUAUCUCUGGAUCAAUCUACCACUUGUCCUGCAUUUGCAAAUUAUUCUAUAUCAUCAGAAAUAAUAACUGCUUCUGAUGACACUGGUCAAUCAUUUGCUUGGUUAGCAGGUGCUUCCAAUGUUUCUCAAUUUGAUUCCCUUUUACGAUCUUAUGUAAAUGAUCAAUAUAUUUCAUGGAGGUACAACCAAUCUUUAGGUUGUUCAAAUACAAACACUUCAAUGUAUGCUAGGUACACUUAUACAAUGAUUUGUGCCGAAUUGGUAGAAUAUUCUUUAUCUAGACAAUGUAGUAAUUCAAUUGCUGCAAUAACUGGUCAACAAGUCCAAAAUUUAUGUAAUUCUACCUGUGCUUCUCAUGUUUCUUCGGUUUUAUCUAUUGCUUAUGAUGCAAAUGUUUGUCCUCCUCCUAAUAAUACCGGUCUUCAAUCUUUGGUAAAUUUAAUAAAAUGGUGUAGUAAUGACUCUAAUAUCGAUUCAAAUAAUUCAACUUGUAUUUCUGGUGAUUUAAAUGAACCGAAUUGUGGUUUCGGUCAAGAUAUCAAUUCAGUUUGUCAAUAUUGUAGAAAUCAAGCUCAAGACAAUUGUUGUCUUCAACCAUCUAUCAUUUCACAAUGUAAUAUCACAAAUACAACUUCUACAAUAGCUGCUCCAAUUCCAACCUCUUCUCAAAAUUCGUCAAAUUCAAAUAAUCAACCUUCAUUGGCUCUUACUAUGUUAAUAGCAAUAUUUGCUUCAAUAUUUGUGGCUGGUGGUCCCGAUUCAGGUGAUGGUGGUGGUGAGACUGGUAUUGCUACUAAGAGUAUUCCAUCUUACUCACCUGCUCCUUUCUAUUCUAGACCACCUGGUGGUGGUGAUUUUGACCAAAGUUCAGAAAAUCUUAGAUAUUCGGAUUUGGUCUCUCCUGGUACUACUGUUGGUGGUGGAAGUGAUAUUGGUGCUAAACAACAAUCUCAACAAUCGGUUUCAAAUAAUGAUUCUGCUCCAAGAUCUAUACCUGAAAGAACUUCUCUUAUUUUACCUGUUAGUAAUGAUUCCGUUGUUACCGCUGAACAUGAACGUGUAACCGUGGUUUAUAAAUAUGAUGCUACUUUAGCUGAUGAAUUGGAUAUUUCCCCUAAUGAUGUUAUCGAUAUUGCUCAAAAGUUUGAUGAUGGUUGGGCUGUUGGUAUAAAUAGAAAUACCGGAAAAGCUGGUGCUUUCCCAAUGGUUUGUGUAUCUCCUGCUGGAAAUGUAUCUUCUUCUGGAAAUACAAAUUAUGGUUCUUCUGGAUUAGCUGAUCAAUCCGGUGGAAGUGGUUAUUCGGGAAUAAUUGGUAGUAGUGGUGGUGAUGAAAACAAUACUGAACAAAGUGUUACAUUAGAAUCAAGUGAACAUAGUGGUAUACUUAGGAAUAGUGAUAGUAGUGGUACGGGUGGUGGUACUAUUUUAACUCCGGACAUUUCUAGAAGAGUUAGUAGUGGAAUAACAUCUACACUUUCUCCAUUACCAUCUGAUGGUGGUGAAACUCCACCUGGAGAUACUGUCUAG